AUGUCCAUCACCGGCAUCAUCCACGUCAACCUCGUCGUCCCCCGCGACACCCUCGACGCCGCCCACGCCUUCUACGGCGACACCCUCGGCUUCACCUCCGUGCCCGUCCCGGCCCUCCAGCGCGGCCGCCUGGCGUGGUUCAACAUUGUCGACCAGCCGGGCUCGCAGCAGAUCCACAUUGCCUUUGGCCGCGACGCUGACUUUGAGGGCGACGCCACGGCGUCCUCGCGGCACCCGUGCUUCCAGCUGCCGUCCCAGGAGGCCCUGCAGCAGCUGCAGCAGCGCGUGUGGGCGCACCACCAGGCGGGCACAGCCGGCGCCCCAAAGGCCUGCGACCAGCCGGGCGGCGAGUCAUCUGGCGCCAAAGGCGUCGAGUAUCCCACGCGGUUCUUUGCGCGCGACUACGCCGGCAACCGGUUGGAAUUUAUAUCCAUUGAUUCCACCCGCUCCAACAACGACCAUCUCUGGCCACAACACCCACGACAACCGCGACCGCCUCGGGUCUUUGGCCACCGACAGUUCCUCUGGACGAUCGAUCCGACGAUCCUAGUCUCCCCGUCUGUUGCUGCCAUGCGUCUACGCCUCAUCCAGCUGCCGCCGCUGCCGUCGUACCGUUUGGCGGCGGCUGUCCAGGAACUCGUCCGGCGGCAGUUUUUGCAUGCAAAGGAGAGUGCAGGAAAGAGGGCGACGCCAUCGUCGUCGUCUUCGGCAGAGUCCUCCUCCUCCUCCUCCUCCUCCUCCUCCUCCUCCUCCUCCUCCUCCUCCUCCUCCUCCUCGACCCUCCUCUCCCUCCUUGUCCAACCGCCGCCGCCGACCGUCAUCGCCUUUACGCCCCUGCCCACCUACACACUCGGCCGCCGCCAGUCCGAAGCCCAGCUGGAACCGGCCGAGCGCGACCGCCUCACGGCUCCCUUGCGCGUGGACGUGGACGUGGACGCGGACGCGGACGCAGAUGCAGACGCGGACGACGGCCGCACAUACACCCCCGCCCUCGUCUCGACGCUCCGCGGCGGCCUGACGACCUACCACGGCCCCGGGCAGGCGGUGCUGUGGCCCGUGCUCGACCUCAAGUCGACGCUGUUGGCCGCGCCGCUGACGGUCCGCGCGUACAGUCGGCUGCUGGAGACGACGACGGCGACGGUCUUGAAGCGGCGGUUUGGACUGGAGGCGUACACGACGGGGGACCCGGGGCUGUGGGUGGCGUCGAGACGCGCGGCACGAGACGGCGCGGACGGCGCGGACGAGGCGGACGACACGCACACAGAGGAACGAAAGGUGGCCGCGCUGGGCGUGCACCUUCGCAGGCACAUCAGCGCGCUGGGCGUGGCCGUCAACUUGGACACGCCCGUGACGUGGGCGCCGUCGCCGUCGCCGUCGUCGUCGCCCCCUCCAUCGUCGUCUCUGUCCUCGGCGGACGCCUCGUCCUCGACGAACCCCUGGACCCGCUUCGACCCCUGUGGCCUCUCCGGCAAAGGCGUCGCCUCCGUCGCCGACGAAGCACGUCUCCGCUUCGGCAGCGUCCCGGCCGCCUGGGACUUGCGGCCGGCGCCCUUUGCGGCGAAAUGGGCGGCGGCGCUGGCGAUGCAGCUGGGUCUACGGGACCCCGAGGUCGACGUGGCGGACGCUGCUACGGUGCAGCGCAUGCUGAGAGAUGCACAAGAACUGCUUGCGAGGGGCGUCACCGACGACGAGACAUAG